CGCGCGAUGGCCUCGCCGUCGUCUUCUCCGCCGCCGGGGGAGUCCUCCAUGCGGCCGCCGCCGCCGCCAAAGCUCCUGUCCGACGGGGGCGCGCCGAGCGAGACAGAGGAGGGGACGGCAAAGCGGAAGCGGGGCAAGGACACGUACUACGACAAGAGCGAGGACUUCGAGAAGCUGGCCGCCAAGGACGAGCUCACGCUCAUGCUGCGCCAGCUCCACCCCAAGACGGGCGAGUUUGACGUCUUCAAGCUCUUUUCGAAAGCGGGCAAGGUGACGGACGUGCGGCUGAUCACCGACGAGCGGACGGGGAAGUGUCUCGGCGCGGGGUACAUCGAGAUGGCCGACGGCGGCUCCUUCUCGCGCGCGCUCCAGCUCGACGGCUCUCUCAUCCGCGAGAUGCCAAUCAUCGUGCAGCCGAGCUACGCAGAGAAGAACCGGCUGGCGGCCAAGGGCGCGACGCCGGCGGCGAUCAAGGCGGCGGGGAUGAUGGCGGGCGCGACGCUGGGCAUGGGCUCGGGCGUGGAGAGCGGGAUGAAGCUCUACGUCGGCAACCUCCACUCGGAGAUCACCGAGGAGCAGCUGCGCGGCGUGUUCUCCCCCUUCGGCUUCCUGGAGCGGAUCGACAUCCACCGCGAGCAAGCGACGGGCGAGGCGCGGUACGGCUUCCUCCACUUCGCCCUCGCUGCGGACGGGAAGCGGUGCAUGGACCAGAUGGACGGCUUCAACCUGGCCGGGCGGAACCUGCGCGUCUCCCUCUCUGGCCAAGACUCGUCGAUGAGCUCCUCGGGCGCGGGCGAGGGCGGCGGGAACGGGACCGGAGGCGGCAACGGACGCGCGGGCGACUACAUGGCGAUCGAGCGGCUGGACACGCUCAACGACGAGGGCCCCGGCGGCGGCGGUACAAAGGCGCGGCUGGCGGAGAAGAAGGGCGCCACGUGA